AGCACAGCACCAUCAUCAUCCUCCGUGGGGUGUUUAUUAUUCUCUGCUCUUAAUUAAAUUCUUUCCCUUUUGUUUGUGUUCAAAGACAAAGAGCUUUCUGUCUUGUUGUUUGCAGAUCAGAAGGCCUUAAAGACAUGGGUACUUUCUGAUCCUCAGCUCUCUCUUCCAGAAGAUCUCUCUCCUCCUUUUGUUUUCUUGCUUUUAUAUAUAUAUAUAAAUAUAUAUACAUAUACUUAUACAUAUUGUUCUCUUCUUAAAUGAGUGUGUGUGAGUAAAAGCAAAAAGCAGAAGCAAAAUAUAUCUCUCUGGUUAUGGAUUCUGGAAAUAGUGGAAGUAUGCAAUCGUCAAGUGGGGGAGAUGAAGAGUAUGAUUCACGCGCUGACACCAUUUCAAGUUUUUUGAAUCCACCACCACCACAUCAGCCACCGCAGCAACAACUCCACCACCACCACAACCACCACCAUGCUUCUAUGUUUGACCCCUUGUCAAAUUACUUUGACACUUCUUCGAGAUCAUCCAACCCGAAUUCUCUGCUUAAUCUCGAUAUGGUUUGGCCCAAAACCUUAAGAUCUGAACCCGAUCUCGGCGGAGCCUUCAUGGCCGCCUCCUCCUCCUCCUCUUCUUGCACUCAACAACUCUUCACCAACCAGGCCGUUCUUCCACCGUCUAGAGCCAACACUUUCUCUCCUCUCCAUAAUCUUCCUCAUCAUCAUCACCAAACGGAGAGUGUUUCAAAUUUGAAUAUUGACAAAACCAACCCGAUCAUGGCCACCACCAACAACACCAACACCGGCGGAGGGGGCGGGAACAACAGUUUGGUGAGGAACCCGAAGAAGAGAUCUAGAGCUUCUCGGCGUGCACCCACCACUGUUUUGACGACGGACACCUCAAAUUUCCGAGCCAUGGUUCAGGAAUUUACAGGGAUCCCGGCGCCACCGUUCACCUCCUCGCCUUUUCCAAGAACCAGACUUGAUCUAUUUGGCACCUCUACUUCUUCUCUGAGAUCAUCAUCUUCUCAUUUAGAUCCUUCCCCACCUUAUCUUUUAAGGCCAUUUGCUCAGAAAUUUCACACUUUACCCCCUUUUGUUUCUCCUCCUUGUUCUUCAACUCCUUCCACUUCUUCUUCUUCUCCCUCCAUGAUUGACGCCAUAGCUGCUGCUUCUACUUCCACUAACCUCACUUCUGCAACUCCUAGCAAUAACAAUAACAACCAUAAUAACACUAGUAUCAACUACCAAAACCUACUCAACAUGAACAACUCCACCAUGCAAAACCCAAUUCUCAAUUUACAAUCCCUCCUUCAACCCCAAAACAAAUUCUCACUUUCAAAUUCCACCAUUCUUGCAAAUAAGCCUCAAGGGUCGCCGUCUUCGUUGGACAACAUGAAUCAUCAUCAUCCCUCAAACGAAGAAUCCCAUCUCAAGAUUGGUGUUUUAGAGGAGCUUGGUUUGAGCGGCCAUGGACAUCUCAACACAAACCUCAACAGCGGCGGUCUCCAAAACAUUGUGUCUUCAACUCCGACGUUUGAGAACGAUCAAGCGGGGGCGGCCGGGACGGCGAAUGAGAGUGAUCAUCAAGGCCUGUUGAGGUCACCAUUCAGUGGCGGCGGCAACAACUACAAUAACAACUCUCAGCAGCGAGUUUCCAACGGAAAAGUCAACACUUUCUCGGCUUCUUCUUCGGAUUUCCUCCGCGAGAAAGUCCAAGAAAAUGUCGGCACAACAACAAGAACCGAAGGUAUGGUGGAAUCAUGGAUAUGUUCUUCAGAUUAGUACAUGAAAACUCAUAUACAAAAAAAAAUAU